CACUGCUCGGUUUCCUCCCGACGGAAUUCGGAGACGGACCUGAGCGGUCACAUUGAAGUAAAUGCAAUGUAUCGUGAAAUGUGAGAUUAAAUAACUCGCAGUUAUGUUUUCCAAGAAAUCUGUACGUCUUGCUGGCUUUGUAUUUAUCAAGUCUAGAUUAAAAUGGCCGAUACCUGUGAUAAAAUACCCAAAUGAAUGUCAGUGUGCGGUGCUGAAGCGCUCCCACAGCAGCUGGACGGGACAUAAACAGCAGACACACUCUGAGGGCAAGUCAAGAGGUGUCCAUAUCUACAGUGUCCGUCAUGUCUCGUCCAGCACUCUGGACCCGGCUGAAGUCAGGAAGUUCCAGGUUCUGGCCACUAAAUGGUGGGACAUUCAAGGUGAAUGUGCACCUCUCCAUGCCAUGAAUGAGCUAAGAGUGCCCUUCAUCCGUGAUAACCUGUUGACUGUGCAUGGUGGGGGUAAGCUGGGUCGCCCCCUGGCUGGGCUCAGGAUACUGGAUGUGGGCUGUGGUGGAGGUCUGCUCACCGAGCCCUUAGGGCGGAUGGGUGCAGAGGUGUUGGGUAUUGACCCGGUGGAGGUGAGUGUGCGGACAGCGGAGAUGCACUCGUCCCUCGAUCCUGCGCUCAGAGAACGGGUACGGUAUCGCGCAUGCACCAUGGAAGAGCUUACUGAGGAAGAGGGAAACGAAGAAGCAUUCGAUGCGAUCGUGGCCUCGGAAGUGCUCGAACACCUGGCAGAUCUCGACACCUUCGUCCACUGCUGCUACCGCAUGCUGAAGCCAGGUGGGUCUCUCUUCGUCACCAGUAUCAGCCGGACUCAGCUGUCCUACAUCUUGGGAAUCGUGAUGGCUGAGCAGGUGCUACGUAUCAUACCAAGAGGGACACACGAGUGGGACAAGUUCAUCAGCCCAGUGGAGCUAGAGACACUGCUGGAGUCUUCUGGAAUUAGUGUCCAGUCUGUCCGAGGAAUGCUGUAUAACCCUCUUUCCAGAUGUUGGAGUUGGCAGCAGAGUACAGCUGUGAAUUACGCGCUGCACGCCAUCAAACAGAAGGAGGAGCAACCACAUCAGACCCCCGCUGAGGAUUAGACUUUUAUUUGAAUCAAUAUAGAGUUUCUCAGUGGAGGUUUUUAAUACAGGAUACUGCAGAUCAUAAUAUAGAUAUAAUACAUACAGAGAAACAGAAAUACAUGUAAAAAUCCACUAGCCUCAAGACAUGAUUUAAUGUGAUAAAAUAUCACAAUAAGUCAUUAAAUUAACUAUACAAAUCAAUCAUUAUACAGCUAUGUAGUUACAUGAACAAUUAACCUUUACACCUUAACACUUCUGAUUCUAAUGCUUGUGUGAACACAACCAUUUUUUUUAAAAUCUCGACUAUAUCCUUUGGUCCAUUUUGAUAGACAGCAUUUUAUCAUACAGUGUCAAAAACAAGUCUAAGGCCUACUAGACUUAUAGUAAAUUAAGCUGUAAGUCUGAACGUCUCACCUUAGUUUGAUAGCUCCAAUGCAAAAUAAAAAAAAAAAUCAAA